AUGGAACAGCAAUUUCGUGUUGUAAUUAUUGGAGCCGGUAUCGCUGGUCUUUCAUGUGCCAAAUAUUUAAUUGAAAAUGGUAUUGAUGAUUUUGUUAUUCUUGAAGCACAUGAUCAAAUUGGUGGGCGUUGUCAAACUAUUCAAUUGUUGGAUCAUCAACUUGAAUUGGGCGCUGAAUCAUUGCAUGGCGAAAUUUCAAAUAAUCCAUUGUACCGAAUAGCCGAAGAACAUCAUCUUAUCGAUAUCGAUGACAGAGGAUCAGACCGAGAUGAUUGUUAUCAUGAUGAAGAAGCGGAAUCGAUUGAUGAAGAUGUUAUUGAUGAAGUACGAAAAGUUUAUGAUGAAAUAUUAGAAAAAAAAGUUGCAGCAUAUCCAUACGAAAAUUAUCCUGAUAUAUCUUUGGGCGAAUUCGUAUCGGCUGAAAUCGAACAAUAUAUUAAAAUUAAAAACGUAACAUUAGAUAAAGAUGAAUUAGAUGAACAACAAAAAGUCAUAGAUUGGCUUAGUAAACAACAUCCAUAUUUAAAUACUAUUGGUUGUAAUAAAUUAACGGAUGCAUCCGUACAAGGAUGGAAUUCUCUUGAACGUUUACCCUCGAAUAAUCAAUAUAAUGAUGAAGCAGUUUACCUGUACGGAGGCUUUUCAAAUUUUUUGCAAAGAGUAUUUGUUGAUCAACUAAAUGAAAAUCAAAUUGAAUUAAAUACUAUUGUUAAACGUGUUUCUAUUCAUGAAGAAGAACAAUAUGUUGAUAUAGAAAUUAUUAAAAGUAAUCAAGACCUAAUAACAACUUAUCAAGCUAAACAUGUUGUUUGUACACAAUCGGUCGGUUGCCUUAAACAAUCCAUGCAUCAAAUGUUUAUACCGCCGUUACCACAUGCUAAAAGAAUGUGCAUACAAAAAUUAGCUUUUGGUAUCGUCAAUAAAAUCUAUCUUGGUUUUUCACAGCCAUUUUGGGAUGUUGAUUUUCAAACAUUUAAUUUUCUAUGGGAUACAAAUGAUGAUGAUACCGAAUGGAACUUAGAAUGUUUUUCUAAAACAUCUUUUAAUAGCGAUUGGUGUAAAAGUAUAACUGGCUUUCAUGUUCAUCAUCGAUUGCCAAAUGUUCUCGUCACACGGAUAAGUGGUGAAGCAGCAAAAUAUAUUGAAACCAUACCAGACGAUUUACUUGCAAUGGCAUUUCAAGAACUUCUUUAUCACUUCUAUCCUGAUAAUCAAACUCCAAAACCUGAACAAUUAAUUAGAUCACGAUGGUUCAACGAACCAUUUAUACGUGGUUCACAUACAUUCAUUAAAAUUGGCUCGAGUAUGCAUGAUAUUAAACAAUUAGCUGCGCCAUGGCCAAGCAAGCCUGCCAAACCGCUUAUUCUUUUUGCUGGCGAAGGAACACAUGAAAGAUUUUACGGAACAGCACAUGGCGCUUAUAUGACUGGUAUACGUGAAGCAAAACGCAUUAUGGAAUUCUAUUAA